AUGGAGCAACAGACUGCUGACAAUAUAGACAACCGUUCAACUCUAGAAGAUGAAAUGGACAAUCAAGAAAACAUCUUAACACAGCUCAUUGGGGACUAUGAUAAAGUUAAGACUCUGUCUGAGGGCUCAGACUGUCAGUGUAAGUGUGUAGUAAGGCCUCUGAGCAGGAGUGCAUGCAAGCGCAUUGAAGAGGGCCAUGCCAAGGCUGAGGAUUUCUACACAGUGGAGACAGUCACUGCAGGACCCAGCUGUAAGAAGUGUGCCUGCAUCGCCCCUCCCUCUGCCCUAAAUCCCUGUGAGGGAGACUUCAGGUUUAAGAAGCUGCAAGAGGCGGGACGGGAUGAUGUAAAGCUCUCAACCAUAAUGGACCUGCUAGAAGGAGCAUUUUAUGGGAUGGACUUGUUAAAGCUUCACUCCAUCACAACAAAGCUUCUGGAACGGGUUGAUAAUAUAGAGAAUUCGUUUUCCGGAAACCUGACAAAAGAGAAAGUGAGCGUGAAAGGUGAAAAAAAGGAAGGGAAGGGGCCUCGCUCCAACCAACGGCAAGAGAAGAAGAAACAUCUCAGCAUGCUGGAGCCCUCACUGCAGAAGAAUGCGGCAGCUGCUUUUGCUCACACUGAGAGGAAAUAUGAGGAAAAGUUUGUUGGGAGUCAGGGCUCCAGCAAACCUGUGCUGAAGCGAAGCAACUCUGAGGGUCAGGAGGAGAAGCAUAAACCUGCAAAGACCAAAGCCGGUCCCAAAGGCAUGACCGUCAAAAGCAUGACCUUCUACAAGGCCAUCACAAUGGAGGACAGCGAAGGGGAAGAGCACACCACAGCAGCACAUGAUGUUGUGAGUGGCGAUGGCUCGGUGGAUUUAAUAACUGAAGACCAGCUCCAUAAGCAAGAGCCGCCUGCAUCUGUUACAAGACCUGCAACCGCUGCGACAGUGACCCAGACGCCGUCAACAAACCUCAACACACAGAAUGAAGACCCUACUGCUGCAAACAUGCCAAAUGUAACAAGGCAAACUGAAGAAGAGACUGAAGGGAAGGGGCCUCGCUCCAACCAACGGCAAGAGAAGAAGAAACAUCUCAGCAUGCUGGAGCCCUCACUGCAGAAGAAUGCGGCAGCUGCUUUUGCUCACACUGAGAGGAAAUAUGAGGAAAAGUUUGUUGGGAGUCAGGGCUCCAGCAAACCUGUGCUGAAGCGAAGCAACUCUGAGGGUCAGGAGGAGAAGCAUAAACCUGCAAAGACCAAAGCCGGUCCCAAAGGCAUGACCGUCAAAAGCAUGACCUUCUACAAGGCCAUCACAAUGGAGGACAGCGAAGGGGAAGAGCACAGGCAGUUUAGCAACUCCUACAAACUCCCCUAUAACUGGAUUGGCACUGGCCAUGUGGUCUACGGUGGCUCUUUCUUUUACAAUAGAGCCUUUUCUCGUGAUAUAAUCAGGUUUGAUCUUCGUCUCCGGUAUGUAGCAGCCUGGACCACCCUUCAUGACGCAGUAUUAGAGGAGGAGGAGGCUCCCUGGAGUUGGGGAGGACAUUCAGACUUUGACUUUGGUGUGGAUGAGAGCGGGUUAUGGUUAGUGUACCCAGCUCUGGACGAAGAAGGAUUUCACCAGGAAGUGAUCAUCCUGAGCAAGCUCCGACCUUCUGACUUACAGAAAGAGAAGAACUGGAGGACGGGCCUGAGGAGGAACUACUACGGAAACUGCUUCGUCAUCUGUGGCGUUCUGUACGCCGUCGACAGUUUCCAGCACACACAGGCCAAUAUUUCCUAUGCAUUCGACACGCAUACACACACCCAGAUGAUUCCCCGCCUCCCUUUUGUAAACAACUACACCUACACCACACAAAUCGACUACAAUCCUAAGGAACGUAUGCUAUAUGCAUGGGACAAUGGCCAUCAGGUUCUUUCUUCUCACAGACAGAAACACAUUCGUCUACUCAUCUAG